UUUGUGUGUAAAAACAAAAGAGGGGAAAUAUGUCAUCGAUAUCAGCGCAAGGUGUUGUAGAGCGUGCUUCUGCUGAACUGUCAAAACGUAUCAAUGGCUUAGGAUUACGUAGCAGUAAACAUCAUCGACAAAAUGAGUCGCAACCACAAAAUCAAUCCAAUUCACCACAAAAUCAAAAUCAAAGUAUGCCAAUAAUACCAGUGCAACCACAGAAAACAAGUGUAAUGGAACGUGUUACGAAUGUUUUCUGUGGUGGGGGCAGCAAUACACAACAAACAGCCAGCAUAAAUAUACAGCAUGCACCAGAAAAACCAUCACGAUUGUUACCCACACACAAUCAGCAACAACAACGGCAAAAAAUCAUAAUUAACUCCAAUGGCAACACGCAGAUGGCGUUACGUGCUGGCAUGGUUAGCAUGAUACAAUCAGGUGGCGCGAAAUUUCAAAGUUCACAUCAUCAUCGUUUAUAUCAAAUUAAAAAUAUUGUACCGUUAUUCUUAAAUUGGGAACAAUUAAUGACUGAUGAACGUUUUUUAGCACGAUUUUUUCUAUAUUUUAAUUCGUAUGAACGAUGUGUGCUUGCUCAAGUGUGUACGAAAUGGCGUGACAUUUUAUAUCGUUCGCCGCGCUAUUGGAACGGUUUAAUUCCAACAUUACCGUGUCGUGAUAUGCGUACAAUGGGCCAAGCGGAACGGGCACGUUUGUAUAAUUCGCUUAUACGUCGCGGGUUUCAUGGAAUCUGUUUGAUGGGUGCAGCCGAUGAGGAUACCCUGGAUUUGGUACAUUCGUUCCCGUUAGCCACCAAACAUAUACAUUCGUUAAGUUUACGAUGUUCCAGUAUUAGUGAUCGUGGAUUAGAAACGUUAUUAGAUCAUUUACAGGCAUUAUUUGAACUAGAAUUAGCUGGAUGUAAUGAAAUAACAGAAGCUGGUUUAUGGGCAUGUCUAACACCUAGAAUUGUAUCAUUAACAUUAACGGAUUGUAUCAAUGUAGCGGAUGAAGCUGUGGGUGCUGUUGCUCAACUAUUACCAUCAUUAUAUGAAUUCUCAUUACAAGCGUAUCAUGUGACAGAUGCCGCAUUAGGUUAUUUUUCACCAAAACAAAGUAACUCAUUAAGUAUUUUAAGGCUACAAUCAUGUUGGGAAUUAACAAAUCAUGGUGUUGUUAAUAUUGUACAUUCGUUACCGAAUUUAACAGUAUUAUCACUGUCUGGAUGCAGUAAAUUAACGGACGACGGUGUGGAAUUAAUUGCAGAAAAUUUACAAAAGUUACGUUCAUUGGAUCUGUCAUGGUGUCCACGUGUCACGGACGCUGCACUUGAAUAUAUUGCCUGUGAUUUAAAUCAAUUGGAAGAAUUAACAUUGGAUCGAUGUGUACACAUAACAGACAUCGGUGUCGGCUACAUUUCAACAAUGUUAUCGUUGUCAGCAUUAUUUUUACGAUGGUGCUCACAAGUUAGAGACUUUGGUUUACAACAUUUAUGUGGAAUGAGAAAUUUACAAGUACUCUCAUUAGCUGGUUGUCCUUUACUAACAUCAAGUGGACUAUCAAGUUUGAUUCAACUACGGCAUUUACAAGAAUUAGAAUUAACAAACUGUCCAGGUGCAUCCAAAGAAUUAUUUGAAUACUUACAUGAACAUUUGCCACGGUGUUUAAUUAUCGAGUGA